AUGAGUAAGCGGUGGCCGGACCAGAGCAGCUACAGGUGCACGCGCAUGAGGAGCGCCGUGCUCGCGCCGGCGGCCGGGUCUGCGAGCAUGAACACUGUAACGGGCUACCUGAAAUCCAUUGAGCCCCUGAAUGGCACCAACUAUCCAAGCUGGUAUAAAGAUGUUAAUGUUGCCAUUGCUGUAUGCGAGUAUGAUCUCGCCUUACGUCAAGCCAAGCCAGCAGAGCCCGCUGAUCCCAAUGGUGAUCAUACUGCCAUUGAGAAGUGGGAGAGAUCAGACAGGAUGACCAACAUGAUCAUUAAGAACACGAUCACUCCGGCCAUCUGUGGUGCUAUUCCUGAUAAGGACCAGGAUGGUAAUGAUCUGAGCGCCAAGGCAUAUCUUGCCAAGGUGGAGGAGAACUUUAAGAGUUCUUCCAAGACUUAUGCUAGCACCCUGAUCAUGAAGAUGCUGACUUCACAGUAUGAUGGGCAAAGUGGAAUCAGGGAGCACAUUAUGAGCAUGUGUGACAUGGCAAAUAAGCUGAAGACACUGGAUAUGGCUCUCUGA